UCGAGAAUCUCUGAGAAUGAUAUUAUGGAUUCCUUGUUAUAUAGUUUUACUUUCCUUUAAAAGGUUUAUGUUUAUUUAUGUUGCUUUUGCUCUUGGCCAUUAUUCAGGUUUCGGGAGAGAAUUGUGUUUGCCUUUCAUACAUUCAAAAUUUACUCUUGGAAUAUUUGGAAUUUUUGGAUGUAUUCUCUCUGUUUCCAGUUCGAUUGGGCUUUUUGCUUUUUUUAAUAUGUCUGCUUCCUUAAUAAUUUUGGAAGUUGAACCAUUUUUGGUUUUGGCUGUAGGUGUUGAUAAUAUUUUUAUUUUUGUUCACUCUUACCAAAGAUUAGCUAAUAAUAUUAAUCAACCUUUACCUGAGCGGAUUUCAAUUAUCUGUGCAGAUGUAAUGCCGUCAAUGCUUUUAUCUAGCCUUUCCGAAUUUUUUUGUUUUAGUUUAGGAGCCCUUUCUUCCAUGCCGGCCGUCCAAAUGUUUUCCCUCUAUGCUGCAGUUGCUAUUCUUCUCAAUUUUUUACUUCAAAUAACCUUUUUUCUUUCGGUUUUUGUUUGGGAUAUUAAAAGACAAGAAUCUUCCCGUCCAGAAUUUUGUUGUUGUUUAAAAUUAAAUAAUAAUUCAAUUUCCGAUCAACCAACAGAAAGUAAAGUAGAACAUUUAAUGAGACAAUUUUAUGCCCCAACAUUAUUAAAUAAAUAUAUACGGAUUUUUGUGGUUGUUUUCUUUGCUUUAUGGUUAGCUAGUUCAUCAGCUAUAAUGAAUAGAAUUAAAGCUGGUUUGGAUCAGAAAAUGGCUGUUCCUGAAGAUUCUUAUGUUCUUGCGCAUUUUCUAAAUAUGGAGCAAUAUUUGGCUGUUGGCCCUCCCAUUUAUUUUGUUUUAAGAGGAGAAUAUGAUUAUCAUGAUUAUAUCCUUAGAAAUCAAGUUUGUUCAUCAAGUGGAUGCUCAGCUAAUUCCCUUGGUGCCCAAAUUGCCCGCGCUGCUAAAUUUCCUGAAAGGUCCUAUAUUGCCCAUCCUGCUAUGAAUUGGGUGGAUGAUUAUUUGGAUUGGCUUAAACCUGUUGGAUAUUGUUGUAGACAAUUUAACUCAAAUAAUACUUUUUGUCCUUCAAAUAUAAAUAUCACAAAUAUUUGCCAUCACUGUACAGUCUCUCCAUUACAAGGUCAACCAGAUUCUAAUCGAUUUUACGAAUUUCUCCCAAAUUUUUUGGAAGAAAAUCCUUCAAGGAAUUGCCCUAGAGCAGGACAUCCCACACAUGGCUUUGCUUUAAAUUUAUCCAAAAAAGAAAAACAAAAUUCUACAAAUGAAUUUAAAUUACGGGUUUUGGCUUCUUAUUUUAUGACAUAUCAUACAAAAUUAUCCUCUUCUGAGGAUUUUAUUCGGGCAAUGGAAAGUGCUCAAUUAAUUUCUCAAAAUAUAACUCGUGAUAUUAAUCAAAUACUCAAUUCAUUAAACCGUAAACAUAUUGAAAUUUUUCCCUACAGUCCUUUUUAUGUAUUUUAUGAACAAUAUAGAGGAAUUGUUAAAACUGCUAUUUUACAGAUUAUAUUAUCCCUUGCAUGCAUAUUUUGUGUAAAUACUUUAUUGCUUGGAAUGGACCCUUGGUCUGCUUUUAUUGUUGUUAUAGUUAUUGCUUUAAUUUUGUUAAACAUGGUUGGAUCUAUGUGGUGGUGGGCAAUUGACUUUAAUGCAAUUUCUGUUGUUAAUCUUGUUAUGUCUGUUGGAAUUUCUGUUGAAUUUUGUGCACAUAUUGUUCGAGCAUUUACUCUUAGUUUGAAACCUACACGUUUAGAACGUGCAUCUGAUAGUCUUUGUUCUGUUGGAUGUUCCGUUUUUAGCGGAAUUACUAUGACAAAACUUGGGGGAAUUUUUGUUCUAGCCUUUGCCCAUUCAAAAAUAUUUAAAAUUUAUUAUUUUCGUAUGUAUCUGAAUAUUGUUUUAAUUGGGGCUGCGCAUGGUUUAAUUCUUUUGCCAGUUCUAUUAAGUUAUUGUGGUCCACCAAUUAAUAGAAGACGUUUAUUUAUUAAUAAUUUAAAUAAAAAUAAAUCAAAAUUUUCAACAAAUAAUAAUAUUAUUAAAUUACCUUAUGGGGCAAGAAAUAAUAAAAAUAUACAAAAUGAGGGUAAUUAUUAG